AUGGACCAAGCCCACGAUCCUCGCUUCUGGGUUUCUCCAAUGGAGGACGCCCAAGAAAUUGAGGAGCAGGCUCAUGAAGUGAUUUCAGACAAAACAUCUGAGAAGAAGCCAGAAACUCGUGAUGAAAUUCUUUCACGGCACAGGAAAGAGAUUUCGCAGCUGCAGAAAAAGGAAGUUGAGAUGAAAAAGGCUGCAGCUAGAGGUAGCAAGGCUGAGCAGAAAGCUAAGAAGAAGCAAGUGGAGGAAGAGGUUUCUCAAAUUUCUACUGAGCUCAAGGAGAAGCAUGCCAAGGAAUUGGCUGCAUUAGGCUAUAGCAGUGGUAAUGGAAAUGAAAAGAGCAAUUUGGACACUUUGGUUAAGGCCAUAGCUGGAGUAUCUGUUGCUAGUCAACCUGAACAUACGAAGGUCAGCAAGGCCAAACAGAGGCGAGACAAAAGAGCUCAACAAGAAGCAGAAAGGGAGCAGAGAAUCCAAGCAGAGCAGAGCGACAUUGUAAGUGAUCGAAUGAUUGAAAACGAGAAAUUGGAAAGGAAGUUGAAGCCUCUAGGUUUGACUGUUUGUGAAAUAAAGCCUGAUGGGCACUGCCUCUAUAGAGCUGUUGAGGAUCAGCUGGCCGUCCUUUCUGGUGGUAGAUCUCCUUAUACAUUCCAAGAACUUCGAGAAAUGGUGGCUGCCUACAUGAGAAAGCAUACAUCUGAUUUCCUUCCAUUUUUCCUGUCAGAGAAUUUAAUUGAGGAUGAUUCUGAUGAAUCACUUGCUCAGAAGUUUGAAAAUUAUUGUAAAGAAGUGGAGUCCACAGCUAUAUGGGGCGGACAACUGGAGCUUGGUGCCUUGACUCACUGCUUGAAGAAGCAUAUUAUGAUAUUUUCAGGAUCCUUCCCAGAUGUGGAGAUGGGCAAAGAGUAUAAAUCUGAUGGUGGCACUGGCUUGUCUAAUUCGAGUAUCAUGCUUUCUUAUCAUAAGCAUGCUUUUGGGCUAGGAGAGCAUUAUAAUUCAGUGGUCCCAACAUGA